UUAUCUGCUAUAUUUUUCAGGCAAUGUCGCAGCCUUUUGACCCAAGCAGUUCGUCACCAUGGAGCACAGUUGAAUUUCUUCCGCAAAGGACUGAAAUCUCUUGAAGCUGUUGAACCACAAAUAAGGGUGGUUGCUGAAAAGCAACACAUUGACUACCAACUUGUUGAAUUGGAUGAUAGUGAGGAUGGAGGGAAGAGCUAUGAGGCUAAUGAUGUUGGUGAAUUGAGUUUUGAUUAUAGACAAAAUAAGCAGGAACUAAAUGAUCCUUUCCCAUUGAGGGAUUCAAUGGAGUUUGAUCCAGCGGAUGCUCCAAGUGCCCUACUAACCUCUGGGAUGGAGGAAGGGGAGUUGGAUUUUGGCAAAAACCAAGAGCAGACUUUUACUAGACAACCUCGUGCAGGCAGUCAUUCUGCUCCAAUAUUUGCGGAGAAAUUGGAUAUUUCUGAUAGAAUCAAACAAGCACAGACAUCUGUCCGCAAAUUUCACACAUACGUUUUACCAACUCCAGCUGAUGCGAAAAGUUUGAGUACAAGGACAAGUGUUUCCCUUCACUCUAGUGCUACAAAUCCUAGUGGAGGAGCCAACAAUCCCUGGCAUUCUUCCCCGCUUAAUAUUGAUAAUUAUUCUAAAUUUGCAGAAGGAAACUUGUCAGCGGACAUUCUUGCAAAAGCCCAACCCACUGUUAAUAAUCUCUCCGCCCCACUACCCCCACCUCUUGCUGAGGGAACUUCUUUCCCACAAUAUGAUGUACAAAAUGGACUUGAUGCUAGAAAAAUAAGACGACUUGCUUUCUCAGGUCCAUUAGCAAGUAAACCUUCAUCGAGCAAGCCUUUGUUAUCUGCCAGCGGACCUAUUGGCUUGGCUGCUGAACGGCCUCUUCUAGAACCUGGAUUGGCCUCUGGAGUACCAAUAACUCAGCCACCAUCAGCUCUAGAUGUAUCCUACAGUGCUUCACCUCCCCUUGUUUCUUCACCAAAAAUUAGUGAGCUUCAUGAGCUCCCGCGGCCUCCUGGCUCAUUGGCCUCCAAGCCAUCAAGUUCAACUGCAGUUGGGCACUCUGCGCCCCUAGUCAACAGAAAUCGAGAAAUGUCUCCAACAAAUCAGAGUCCUGUGCUGGCAUCAAAUACGGGUUCUCCACUACCACUUCCUCCACUAACCAUUCCUCGAAGUUUUUCUAUACCGUCCAACAAUCAGAGAGCAAUGGCACUACAUGUAGCCCAGCUACUAGAGUCUCCUCAAAGAAAGGGCAAGGGUGAUGUAAUGUGCUCUCCUCCAUUAACACCUAUAUCUCUUUCAAACGCUUCAAAUUCUGGGCAAAUCAGAGGUAGGAGCUGAUUUACGUAAGCCUUUGCAGAAAGUGACAUUUUUUUUUUCUUUUGGGUUCGGGGUGUAGAGUUUUUUUUUCCACAAGCUGGUGUUGCGGGAGUGGGUUUUGUACAUAUGUUAUUAAUGUAAGUUUUUAUUUUUUGUCCAUUUGACGUUCUCCAUAUAUCUUACACGAAUGUAAUGGAAGCUCCCUGCCUCAGUUUUGAUCU